ACCUCUCUAAAAUUAAGGUCAAACAUCCACCCCACACAUUUCUCUCACCUCUCUCUCUCUAACCCAACACAAUUUUGACUCACAAAAGUUUUUCAUAAUUUUUUUUUCUUUCUUUUUUUCAUUUUCAUAAUUUUCCGUAAAUAGAAAAAAAUUAAUUAUCUCUCUCUUUCUUUCCCUCUCUCUCUUCUUUGAUCCAUGGAGUUGGAAGAAGAACUUCCAACAAACCCAGAAGAAAUUUGAUUCCUUUCAGCUAGAUUCGAUUACCCAUUUGGCUAAAAACUUCAAUGCGGUCUUUUAAUAGACCAAAUAAAAAUUCAGAUUCAAAGGGUCAUUUUAGUGUAUAUUGGAUCUGAUGGUGGGUUUCGUGAAGCAAUGUCAAAAGAAAAUUGUUGAUUUUACUGUUGUUGAUAUUAAUGUUGUUGGUGUUGAUGAUGUUGUUGAUAAUGAUGUUACAUUUGUAAUAACAAGUAAAGUGUUGUUGUCAUUUGUUAUUGUUGUUGUUGUCGGUGGCAAUGACUUAGUGGUGCUUUUGCAUCAUAAACGACGAUGCAGCUUCACUUCUCGCCUAGCAUGAGAAGUAUCACGAUAUCAAGCAACAAUGGGUUUAUUGACUUGAUGAAGAUCAAGGUCGCAGCUUGUCACAUUUCUUAUAGAACCCUUUUUCAUACUAUUCUCAUCCUUGCUUUUUUGUUGCCAUUUGUCUUCAUUCUCACUGCUGUUGUUACCCUUGAAGGUGUCAACAAGUGUUCCUCAUUUGAUUGUUUAGGUAGGCGGUUAGGACCAAGGUUACUUGGUAGAGUUGACGAUUCAGCGAGAUUAGUUAGAGAUUUUUACAACAUACUCAACGAAGUGAAGACCGGAGAAAUUCCAUCUAGUGUGAAGCUGCCAGAUUCAUUUGAACAAAUGGUUUCUGAUAUGAAGGACAAUCAAUAUGAUGCGAAAACAUUCGCUUUCAUGUUAAAGGGAAUGAUGGAGAAAUUUGAGAAAGAAAUCAUAGAAUCUAAAUUUGCAGAGCUGACGAAUAAACACUUCGCAGCUAGUUCCGUCCCUAAAGGGAUUAAUUGUCUCUCUUUGCGUUUGACUGAUGAAUAUUCGUCGAAUGCGCAUGCACGCAAACAAUUGCCUCCUCCGGAGUUACUACCUAUGCUAUCUGACAACUCUUACCACCAUUUUAUUUUGUCAACCGAUAACAUCCUGGCUGCUUCAGUAGUUGUUGCCUCAACUGUUCAGUCAUCUCAGAAACCUGAAAAUAUAGUCUUCCAUGUCAUCACCGACAAAAAAACUUAUGCUGGUAUGCACUCGUGGUUUGCGCUAAAUCCUCCCUCACCUGCUAUAGUUGAAGUCAAAGGCAUUCAUCAGUUUGACUGGUUAACUAAAGAAAAUGUUCCGGUACUUGAAGCUGUAGAAAGUCAAAAUGGAAUACGGGAUUACUACCAUGGGAAUCAUGUCAUGGGAGCCAAUCUCAGUGAUACCAAUCCACGUAAAUUUGCGUCAAAGUUGCAGUCGAGAAGUCCAAAGUACAUAUCUUUACUCAACCAUAUCCGCAUAUACAUACCUGAGCUUUUCCCAAGCCUUGACAAGGUGCUUUUUUUGGAUGAUGAUGUUGUGGUUCAGCACGAUUUGUCUCCACUUUGGGAAAUUGAUAUGAAUGGAAAAGUUAAUGGAGCUGUGGAAACUUGCAAAGGUGAUGAUGAGUGGGUAAUGGAGAAGUAUUUUAAGAACUACUUCAAUUUUUCCCAUCCCCUCAUUGCAAAGUAUUUGGAUCCUAACGAGUGUGCUUGGGCUUAUGGGAUGAAUAUCUUUGAUCUUCGUACAUGGAGAAUGUCAAAUAUUAGAGAGACAUAUCAUUCCUGGCUUAAAGAGAAUCUGAGGUCAAACAUGACAAUGUGGAAGCUUGGAACCCUACCUCCAGCUUUGAUUGCAUUUAGAGGUCACGUUUAUCCAAUUGACCCUUCUUGGCACUUGCUUGGUUUAGGUUAUCAGAGCAAAACCAGUGUUGAAAGUGUGAAAAUGGCCGCUGUCAUUCAUUACAAUGGCCAGUCAAAACCUUGGUUGGAGAUUGGUUUUGAACAUCUUAGACCGUUUUGGAACAAGUAUGUCAAUUAUUCAAAUGAUUUUAUUAGGAACUGUCAAAUCUUGGAAUCAUAGUCUGCCAAUGAGAAGAUGCACUAUGGUUUGAAAACAUCAUCGGAUUCUACGAAACAGACGAGUACAAAAUACCGGUUUCAUCUAAAAAUUUUGCAGCUUGAGAUUUUCUUCAAGAUGAAUUUUGACAAGGCGAGUAGAAGAUUGGUUGAGAGGACGAAGCAAUCAGGACAUAUGGUGGGUGGAUUCAAUGCCACCCCCUACCGCAGACAUGGUAUCUGUCCUGGCUCGGACCUGACGUUCAGAGUCUUGUUACAUAGAAACGCGUCCUUUAAUUUUUGUUGGUGAAAGGAUAUACUAUUAUUGGUCUGUCAUUGGGCUAGUGCAUCAAAGAGAAUGAACUGAAUUCUUGAAGAUAAAAGGGUCACAUGCAUGUGUCAUCAAUAUAUAUAUAUAUAGUUUGGUGUUGAGAACACAAGUGCUAGGACAGUUCAUUUUUUAGUUAAAUUUUUCUUAGUGCCAAUUUUUACCUUCACCUUUUUAUGAUUUGAUUAUCAUGAUGAUGGUGAAUUCUAGGUUUAGUUCAUGAGAUUGCUUUGUUACAGAUCCUUUGAAUUAGGAAACUGUUUGUAGGAUAUAAUAUAUUAUAGUUAUUUGUUGUGUAAAAUGAUUACAAGACAUUGGAAAUGUGCAGAGAAUUCUUUUUUUCCAA